AGCAGGCAGCACGUGUUUGUGUUUUGGUGGGGUUUAAUGACACUAGAGGCGUCAUGACAUCGUUAGACGCUGCUAAACCAUCGUUGAAAAAUCUUCAAAAUCCAGAUUAUGGCGUCCCAGAGAAGCAUCACUAUGGAAUGCUGCAUGAGUUAACACGGCCACAUAUUGAUUCUUUUAAUUACAUGCUUCAUGAGGGACUUGCUAAAGCUGUUCAGAGUAUUCCUCCUGUCCAGUUUGCCCUCCCAAAUGGUGAUCGUGUGUCACUCAUUCUCGCGGAUGCCACAAUACAACCACCAAUGGUAUCAGAAAAGAAUGAAUUUGCAUCCACCUUGAAAGUGUUUCCAGCAGAAUGUCGAGAGCGAGGCGUCACUUACAGCGGCUCUCUGCAGCUACAGGUCACAUGCAUGGUCAACGACUCAGUCAUGUCCACUGUCACUCAGGUGGCCAGCAACCUGCCUGUGAUGGUCAAGUCUGAUAUCUGCAACUUGGCCAAUAUGAGUCCAGCUGAACUGGUCAAACACAAAGAAGAAGCUCAUGAGAUGGGCGGUUAUUUUAUUAUCAAUGGCAAUGAAAGGAUUCUAAGAAUGAUAAUCAUGCCAAGAAGAAACUAUCCAUUGUGUAUUGAUCGUCAGUCAUGGAAGACACGUGGGAAGCAGUUUACGAAGUAUGGAAUCACCAUGCAUUGUGUUCGCACUGACCAGUCGGGUCUGAACAUGUUUCUACAUUACCUGGCUAAUGGAACCGCAACUCUGGGAAUCACGUUUGAAAAACAGCUCUUCUAUAUUCCUGUGGUGUUUGUAUUAAAAGCUUUGAUGGAUGUCACAGACAAGUUUCUGUAUGAAGAAUUAAUUGCAGGCAAGGAGAGUGACUCUUUUUAUAAAGGACAGUGUGUGUGUUGUCAUCUAGAUUCUGAUUUGGACAAGUUUAACCUUUUGGUGUAUAUGACAAAGAAGUUGUUUGCCUUUGCUAAAGGGGAGUGUGCAGCCGAGAGUGCCGACAACCCAAUGAACCAGGAACUCCUGCUCGGCGGACAUCUUUACUUGAUGGUUCUUAAGGAGAGACUUCACGGCUAUCUAAACACUCUACGUAUGACCAUCUUGAGAAGUGCGCGGUCGCAGUCAGAGUCGGCUUCCUUUGAUUCAGGAUCAUUCAGGAAGAUAUUUAAUGUGAACAGGUCAUCAGGUGCCAAGGAAAUCAGCAGAGCUCUGGAAUAUCUCCUAGCAACAGGGAACCUCAAUUCCAAGUCUGGACUGGGUCUUAUGCAGAUUUCAGGUCUGUCUGUGCUUGCCGAUAAGCUGAACUUUCUGCGAUAUAUUUCACAUUUUCGCUGUGUCCACCGAGGAGCUUUCUUCGCGGAAAUGAGGACGACAACUGUGAGGAAGUUACGACCGGAAGCUUGGGGAUUUUUGUGUCCUGUACACACUCCUGAUGGAGGUCUGUGUGGUCUCGUCAAUCAUUUAGCAGCUCUCUGUCAGACGUGCAACGUGUCCUACAACACAGGUCCCCUCGUCUCCUUGUUGACAUCUCUCGGCAUGUGUCCGUGUGGAGCCCCGAUUCCCGUUGGUCAGUCCUACACCGUGCUGUUAGACGGUCGGGUGGUCGGCUACAUCAGUUCCAGUAUCGUGGUGGAGGUGGCGGAACGACUUCGGACCAUGAAGGUCAAGUCUGUCAAUAAUGUAUCACGGUUCAUGGAGAUCUGCCUAGUUCUGAAAACAGACUGUGCCAGCCAGUACCCUGGCCUAUAUUUAUUCACAUCGCUGGCUCGGAUGAUUCGACCCGUCAAGAACCUUGCGAUGAAUCAAGUGGAAUACAUUGGAUGUUUUGAACAAGUUUACCUCGAUAUUGCCGUGUCAGACAGCGACAUUAAGCCUGGGAUAACGACCCACAAAGAGAUGUCCCCGUCAGCCAUGUUGAGUACCGUGGCGACCUUCACACCAUUCUCCGAUUUUAAUCAGAGUCCUCGUAACAUGUAUCAGUGUCAGAUGGGGAAGCAGACCUUGGGGACGCCAUGCCAUGCCCUGCAACACAGGGGAGACAACAAGCUGUAUCGGAUCCAGACCCCCCAGAGCCCCAUCACCCGCCCAGUGUCUCACGACGUGUAUCAGGUGGACAACUACCCACUGGGGACCAACGCUGUGGUGGCCGUCAUCUCCUACACAGGCUAUGACAUGGAGGAUGCCAUGGUGAUCAACAAGGGAUCACUGGAAAGAGGGUUUGCACACGCAUCAGUGUACAAGACUGAGAUUGUGGAUUUAUCCCUACUCAACAAGGAAGCUGGUUCGUCAUCCCUUGUCUUUGGUUGUCGGUUGGGUCAUAAAGAUACUGAUGGCAAACUGGACAUUGAUGGGCUGCCUCCUGUUGGCAAGUACCUGAAUGAAGGCGACCCUUUCUACAGCUACAUAAACCUGCAGACGGGUGAAGUGAAGGUACAGAGGUACAAGAGUCAGGAACCUGCGUACGUCGAUCAGAUCAAGAUCCUUGGAAAUGAUUUCGGAACGGGAGAGAUGCAGAGAGUUCGCUUUGUCUUACGAAUUCAGAGGAACCCAAUCAUUGGAGACAAGUUUGCCAGUCGUCACGGCCAGAAAGGAAUUUGCAGUAUUAUGUGGCCAUCAGAAGAUCUUCCGUUUACCGAGAGUGGCAUGGUCCCUGACAUCAUCUUCAACCCUCACGGUUACCCAUCAAGAAUGACGAUAGGGAUGAUGAUUGAGUCAAUGGCUAACAAAUCUGCUGCACUGCACGGGUUGUGUUUUGAUGCCUCCCCCUUCACUUUCUCCGAGGACCAGCCGGCGAUCGACUACUUCGGAAAAACCCUGACGGCAGCUGGCUACAACUACUACGGCACCGAGCGGCUGUACAGUGGGGUGGAUGGGCGAGAACUAGAGGCGGACAUCUUCUUUGGAAUUGUCUACUACCAGAGACUGAGACAUAUGGUGUCUGACAAGUUCCAGGUGCGGUCUACAGGCCCGAUCGACCAGCUGACCCAUCAGCCCGUGAAGGGACGUAAGAGGAUGGGUGGAGUCCGGUUUGGUGAGAUGGAGCGAGAUGCACUUCUCGCUCAUGGAGCUGUUUUCAUGCUGCACGAUCGACUGCUUAACUGCUCAGACAAGUCUUAUACUCGUAUCUGCACCGACUGUGGUAACAUCCUGUCUCCACUGCUGGAGAAGCCAGCGGUGGCGGUGGCAGCGAUAUCGGCCGAGUCUCACCGCGUGUGGGCCUGUCAGCUGUGCAGACGGACGGACAAGAUGAAGAUGAUCGCCGUGCCCUAUGUGUAUCAGUAUCUCGUGGCAGAACUAGCGGCCAUGAGCAUCAACCUCGUUAUCGAAGUCAAGUGAUUGUUAUCGGAACUAGCAGCCAUGAGCAUCAACCUCGUUAUCGAUGUCAAGUGAUUGUUAUCGGAACUAGCGACCAUGAGCAUCAACCUCGUUAUCGACGUCGUGAUUGUUAUCGGAACUAGCGACCAUGAGCAUCAACCUCCUUAUUGAUGUCAAAUGAUUGUUAUCAGAUGACAAAUGAUUGUUAUCAGAUGAUCGUCAUGCCCAUAACAGAUGAUCGUCAUGCCCUAAGUGUACCAGUAUCUUCUGGUAGAGCUAGCGGCCAUGAGCAUCACCCUCGUAAUCGACAUCAAGUGAUUGUUGUUAUUUCGAUUAUAUUAUUAUUGACAUCAAUCGACAGUUGUCAUGCCUUAUUAUCAAGUGACUGUUGUCAUACCCUGUUGUUGACGUCAAAUGACUAUCAAGAGAUGUAUUGACAUCAAGUGUCUGUCAUCAGAUGUUCAGC